AUGCAGCUGUCAAUGGAAAGGAAUGAAGUAGUUGCAGAUGCAACUGGAGCAGAAGCGACUUCAGGGUCAAUAACAGGUAGUAGCGACCACGCUAUAGAACAGGCAUGUGAUUCUUGUAGAAAGAGGAAGCUCAAAUGUUCCAAGGAAUUGCCUAGUUGUUCUAAAUGUAUCCAGCAUAGGUGGUGUUGCUCUUACAGUCCGAGGGCUGUCAGAUCACCUUUGACUAGAGCCCACUUGACUCAAGUUGAAAACAAAGUGAGAGAAUUGGAGGGAAUGGUCCGUUUCUUGCUACCAGAAGAAUAUGAUAUAGAUGAUUUGCUAAGGAAUCGUAACUACAAGACCAAGUUAUGGCCCAUUAGAAAUAAUGUCAAGGACACACGCACGCUGGACACAGAUCGAAAUCUUGCUAGCUCCAUAAAUACACAAUCCACCGAAGUUGCCCAGGCUGAGGAAACAUCUGACGGAAUUAAUAAUUUAAAAUAUAAUGAUUACAAUGAAAACUACAGGUCCAGAAGUCAAAGUGAGAUCUCUGACAGGAAAGAAGAUAUAGACAACUUAAACAACAACCAAAAUCAUCAGAAAUACAAUCCUAUCGAGACUCCUUGUUUGUCGCCUAAUUUAGGACCAAUGACCUCACAAUUUAAUGCCAUCACCCAAUCACCAUCCUACUCUAUUAUUUCCAACGAGAAUGCUUUGCAACAAGGUCAUUCAAGGCUUCAGUCAGGUCAAUUCGACAACAUGGAGAGGAUAAGAAUAAAACAAGAGAUUAUUGAUGAUUUUGCCAUGAACAAUAUUCCAACUGGUAACAAUACUUCAUUCAAGUAUGUCAAGCCAUCGAUUAUCAAAAAUGAUUCUUCAGAAAACUCUCUCACGAGUCCUACGUCGUUAUUAUCAUUAAAUUCAUACGGCUAUGAAUCUGAACAGGAUCUUUUGUUCAAUGAACCUACCUUCAAGAAACAAAGAAAAGAGAACACAGCUCUCUUCAAUACUGAUGGGGCUGAUUAUGAUUUGAUAUUCAAUGAUGCCAUAGACGACUCUACACUUAUAAACUCCUGA